UCCCUCCCGCGCCGGUUCCCGCUUGUUUCAUUUUCUCUCGCCGGCUUCAAGUGAUGAAAGGUGCCGGUAUCCUGGAUGGCGCACUCCUUUGGCCUAGAGAGCCUCGGGUCGCAGCUUGAACUGUGUCUUAGGCCGGCAGCUGCCUGCUGACUACAGGCCGCGGAGAGCGUAAUUGCGACCGCGGCCUGAGGGGGAGGGGCCACACGCAAGCUGGGGCGUAACCUGUCACGUGACGAGGAAGUACCGUUAACAGUGCUGUCCUGGCGUCCCCGGCGCUCCGGGAUGACGUAAGCCAAGGAGAGGAGGAGCGAGAGGGGAGACAAGCUCCGGUGCAGCUCCAGCGCUGGGUUUUAUUCAGGAAUACUAUGCCUAUCAUUAAACACAGUUCCAACUUUCUGGCUAAAUGACUUUUGUGCCAAUGAUACAGGAGCCCUACAGCCAUGUUCUUGCAGAGUUUGAGACUCUGGAUCCAUUACUUUCAGCCCUGAGGCUGGACUCCAGUCGUCUAAAGUGUACAAGCAUAGCUGUAUCUCGGAAAUGGUUGGCUUUGGGCAGUUCGGGAGGAGGUCUCAAUAUCAUUCAAAAAGAAGGCUGGAAGCACAGGCUUUUUCUUUCACACAGGGAAGGUGCAAUUUCUCAGGUUGCUUGUUGUUUACAUGAUGAUGAUUAUGUUGCUGUAGCUACCAGUCAAGGUCUUGUCGUUGUUUGGGAAUUAAAUCAAGAGCGGCGUGGGAAACCAGAACGAAUUUGUGUGUCUUCAGAGCACAAAGGCCGAAAAAUUACAGCUCUCUGUUGGGAUACAGCUAUUCUUAGAGUUUUUGUAGGUGAUCACAUGGGGAAGGUUUCUGCCAUCAAACUCAACACUUCUAAGCAAGUAAAGGCAGCUGCUGCCUUUGUGAUGUUUCCCGUUCAGACAAUAACAACAGUUGACUCCUGUGUUGUCCAGUUAGAUUAUUUGGAUGGAAGACUACUUAUAUCUUCGCUUACUCGAUCCUUCUUGUGUGACACCGAGAGAGAGAAAUUUUGGAAAAUUGGAAACAAGGAAAGAGAUGGAGAAUAUGGAGCUUGUUUCUUCCCUGGGAGAUGUUCUGCGGGCCAGCAACCCCUAAUAUAUUGUGCUCGCCCUGGCUCCAGGAUGUGGGAAGUGAACUUUGAUGGAGAAGUUAUAAGUACACAUCAGUUUAAGAAGCUCCUCUCAUCGCCACCUCUGCCUGUGAUUACUCUAAGAUCUGAACCGCAGUAUGAUCAUACAGUUACAUCCUCCCAGUCUUUGUCUUUCCCCAAACUCUUGCAUAUUAGUGAGCAUUGUGUGUUGACUUGGACAGAAAGAGGAAUUUAUAUUUUCAUUCCUCAGAAUGUUCAAGUUCUUCUUUGGAGUGAAGUCAAAGAUAUUCAGGAUGUAGCUGUCUGUAAGAAUGAGCUGUUCUGUUUGCACCUAAAUGGGAAAAUAUCACAUCUUUCCCUCUUAUCUGUGGAACGCUGUGUGGAACGCCUGCUAAGGAGAGGCCUGUGGAAUCUGGCUGCUUGCACUUGCUGUCUUUUCCAAAAUUCUGUCAUUGCUGGCAAAGGAAGAAAAUCUUUGACUGUAGAUAAAUUGGAGUAUUUGAAAUCUCAGCUGGAUAUCACAACCUCUAGUGAUCUGAUUUCUCAACUGGAAGAAUUGAUCUUAAAAUUUGAACCUUUGGAUUCAGCUUGCAGUAGUAGAAGAAGCUCCAUUUCAUCACAUGAAAGUUUCAGCAUCUUGGACUCUGGUAUUUAUCGUAUCAUUAGUAGUAGAAGAGGCAGUCAGUCGGAUGAAGACUCUUGUUCCCUUCACAGCCAGACCCUCUCAGAAGAUGAGAGACUUAAAGAAUUCACCUCACAACAAGAAGAGGACCAACCAGAUCAGUGUUUCAGCUCACAUGGAAAUGAAGACAAUGUUUCUCGUGUUCCGGUGACGUAUGAGACAGAUAAGAAUGAAACUUUUCUCCCCUUUGGCAUUCCAUUAUCAUUUCGCUCUCCAUCUCCUCUUGUGUCUCUUCAGGCUGUCAAGGAAAGUGUUUCAAGCUUUGUACGUAAAACUACUGGGAAGAUUGGCACCCUUCAUACGAGCCCUGAUCUGAAAGUGAGACCAGAACCCAAGGGUGAUGAGCAGUCAUGUGAAGAAGAUGUGAGUCCAGUCACCUGCCCAAAGGAGGAAGAUACUGAGGGAAAACAAGAAGUAACUAGUCAACCUUCAGAGGAAGAUAAGUUCCAAGAGCUUAAAAUAGCAACAGUAGAAGCAGUGACCAAGCUGCAGGACCCACUGGUUUUAUUUGAACCCAAGUCUCUGAGAAUGGUUUUGCAGGAGUGGCUUUCACAGUUAGAAAAAACAUUUGUCAUGAAGGACUUUUCAGGCAUUUCAGAUACUGGCAACUCAUCCAUGACAUCAAACCAGGAUGUGCUAUCGCUUGAUGAGUCACAAAAGGGAAUAUUAGAUGAAGAUAAUGAAAGAGAAAAAAAGGACUCUUUAGGCAAUGAAGACACUGUUGAUCAAACAUCUUGUGAAUCUGUAAAUAGUCUGAGGGAGCCCUUGGAUGACCUUUUUCGAGUAUGUCCUCCAUGCAGCAUAGCAAACAGUCUCCAGAAGGACCUCGCUGAAUUGACAACAUUAUGUUUGGAAUUGAAUGUAUUGAAUUCUGAGAUCAAAAGCACAAAUGGACAUGUGGACCACACUUCACAACAGUGCUCUCCUGAAAUUCUGGCUUGUCAGUUCCUAAAGAAGUACUUUUUUCUUCUGGACUUGAGGAGAGCAAAAGAGAGUAUCAAGCUUAGUUAUGCUAACAGCCCUUGUGUUUGGGAUACUUUUGUCGAAGGAUUGAAAGAAAUGGCAAGUUCAAAUCCUACAUAUAUGGUAACGGAAGAAGGCGAUUUACCAACAAGAUUAAAGUUAGUAGAUGACUCGGUCCCUUUUGACAGUCCUUUAUUGAUUGCUUAUGCUGCCCAAUUAUAUGAGAAGUUUGGGGAAUCUGCCCUUCGAUCCUUGAUCAAGUUUUACCCAUCUAUUUUGCCUUUGGAUGUUAUGCAACUUUGUCAUCAUCAUCCUGCUCAGUUUUUGGCCUAUUUAGAUAGUCUGGUGAAAUCAAGACCUGAAGAUCAACGGCCAUCCUUCCUUGAGUCCCUUCUACAACCAGAGUCUUUAAGAUUGGAUUGGCUGCUUUUGGCAGUGUCCCACGAUGCUCCCCCAAGCACAAGCACUCUGGAUGAUGAAGGAAACCCCAGGCCUCAUUCACACUUGUUUUCCUGGGGUUACAGUCAGCUGAUCCUUCAUCUGAUUAAACUACCUGCAGAUUUUACAACCAAAGAAAAAAUGACUGACAUCUGCAGGUCUCGUGGUUUCUGGCAUGGAUAUCUUACUCUCUGUUUGGAGCUGGAGAGAAGAAGAGAAGCCUUCACCAACAUUGUGUAUCUGAAUGAUAUGAGCCUGAUGGAAGGGGACAGUGGUUGGAUCCCAGAGACCAUGGAGGAAUGGAAGCUGCUUCUACAUCUUGUGCAGAACAAGAGCACAAAGCCAGUCCCCCAGAAGUCACCAAAUGGGAACUUCAGUGAUGGACCUUCCCCUAUCAACGUGGAGAAUGUGGCACUGCUAUUAGCUAAGGCCAUGGGUCCAGAUCGGGCCUGGUCACUGCUACAGGAAUGUGGUUUGACCCUUGAGCUGUCAGAGAAGUUUACCAGAACCUGCGAUAUCCUGAGGAUUGCCGAGAAAAGGCAGAGAGCUUUGAUACAAAGCAUGCUUGAA